AAAUCAAUAAAUCCAAGUAAAUUGUACUUCCAUUGUUUCCCAUUUAUCCAACCAUUUGACAACUAAAACCAAUAUAACUGAUCUGUCACCUCAUUUUCCCUCUCACAUUCCAAUAAAACUUAGGGUCCCACAAUUAUCCAAAUUACAACUAUCUUAAAAUCUCCAAAACACCCUUCCAUUACCAAAACCAUACUCAAAAAUCUUUAACCCAAUAAAGGGUAUAUUAGUAAUUUCACUACCGUAUCCACCUUCACACGUGCCUAACAUCACCGUUCAAACACCCACUGAAAUUCCAAAAAUACCCCUGCCACUACCCACCUGACUUUCCGUGAUGGAUAACGCCACCCCAUAUAUAAAUAACUAAAAAAAAUAAAAAAUGAAAAUCUAGGGUUUACAGAUUCUCUCACCUAAUUUUAAUUUCCCCCCAAAUUUUCGACGAUUUUGUUGUGUUUUCUCUAAGAUUCCUUACGAUUCUUGGAACUCGCCGGAGAUUUCGAGUUUCUUGGAUUUUGAUUUCUGCACUUUGAAUUUGAUUUUGAAUUUUUUGUAGAUUUUUUUUUUCUUUUCAAUGGUGCAUUUCGAGAGCUCCGAGGAUCGUCAACGGCUUUCGCCGCCGUAUGCGGCGGCGACUGUCGGAGAAAAGUCUCAGGUGGUGAAAGUGGAGAUCGAGGAUUUUGUGGAAGAAGAAAAUGGACCCUUUAAUAAGAAGCAGAAGCAGCCUCAAUCUUCGUGUUCUGAUCAGUUCUCUUCUGGAAAUGAUACAUUUCCUGCCCCAUCUUCACAAUACAAUCCACUAGAGGAACCUAGUCCAUUGGGUUUGCGACUGAGAAAAAGCCCGUCACUUCUUGAGUUGAUCCAGAUGAGGCUCUCUCAAGGUAAAACUUCUACUUUGGGAUCUGCACCCAGUGAUGAUUCCAAGUCACGAGAGAAAAAUAACACCAAAGGCAGUGCCCUUCCUUCAGACAAGCUUAAGGCUUCAAAUUUUCCAGCUUGUUUUCUGAAGAUAGGCAAUUGGGAGUAUACUUCUCGAUAUGAAGGAGAUCUUGUUGCAAAAUGUUAUUUUGCUAAGCAUAAGCUUGUCUGGGAAAUUCUUGAGGGAGGCCUUAAGAGCAAAAUUGAAGUUCAGUGGUCUGAUAUAAUGGGUUUGAAAGCAGACUUUCCGGACGAAGCACCUGCUACCUUGAUUGUUGUGUUGGCACGUCAACCUCUUUUCUUUAGAGAGACAAAUCCUCAGCCAAGAAAACAUACACUAUGGCAGGCUACUUCAGAUUUUACUGACGGACAGGCUAGCUUGCAUAGGAAGCAUUUCCUUAAGGUGCCGUUUGGUCUAUUGAACAAGCAUUUUGAGAAAUUGAUUCAGUGUGAUGUGCGUCUUAAUUUCCUGAGCCGGCAGCCAGAAUUAAGUCUAGAUUCUCCGUACUUUGAUUCUCAGCCUCCUAUUUUUGAUGACUCAAAUGAAUCUAAAAGCCAUAGUUUGGAUCAGAUAGAAACCAGCAGAGGACCUAGCAUCUCAAUCUUCGAAGAUGUUGGAACACCUUUAUCCCAGUCAUCAUCUCUCUCGGUCAAACAAGAUGAUGCUCUUCAUGGAGCAUCUGAGACUCUGUCACGUGAGGCUACUUCCCCAAGCUCAGUGAUGGAUGUGUGCGCAAUGGAAGUUAGUUCGAGUAGCCAAUCAGGCAAACCAGAGGGAUCAAAAAGCGUCGAACAGUUAAUUAUGCAAGGAAUUCGCCCAUCUAUGUCAAUGACUGACCUUGUGAAUCAUAUUGGAAAUUGCAUUACGGAACAGCGGAGUUCUGAGGAUCCUAAGUUCACAGAAGAAGGAUCUAAAUCCCAUAAUAAAAUGAUCGAGGAAAUUGCCCAGCACCUGCUCGGUGACAUUCAAAAUACACCAUGUUCCGAUGAAAAAUUUCUUAUGUCAAGGGUCGACUCUUGGUACUCCCUCAUUCAGAAAGAUGGCACCCCUGUUCAGAGUUCUGUUACUGAAGAGGGAAUGGAUGGAAAAGCCAAUGACCGUGAACCUGAGUUAUUGGAUCAGAAUAAUAAAGGUGACACAACUGCCGCUGAGGGCUCUGUCAGAGAUGGUGGCCAGCAGACACUAAGUAUUCCAAGAAUUGAUUCUUUUGGGGAUUUGCUCCACCAUCUUCCGCGGAUUGCUUCACUACCAAAGUUCUUGUUUGACAUAUCUGAAGAUGGGGAUAAUCAAGGGAGAUAGACAAAUGAGAAGUGUAUCUUAUAAUAUCAUUGUUUAUGGGUAUUGCAGAUUUCUUACGGGAUUUGACAAAUGAAGUAAUUUCCUGUUAUUUGGAAUCUGAAUUCCAGAUUGCACCCCAGAAUUUAUUGGGAUUCAGAGAUUUGGGUUGAUGAUGAAUCCCAGUAUAUAACUGUAUAAAAUGAACCACAGAUGGGAUAGGCUAUAGUUUCUUUCUUAACUUUCUUGUCUGCAAAUGCUAAUGUAGUUCAUCUUAGUACUUUAUUUUUUGGAAUUUCAAUUGUGAUUCUUGGUUUAAUGGGCAUUAAAAGUUCUGGAAUA